AUGAAGACGUCUGGUGCAAGCGCCGGAGUUCCGAAAAAGAAGGGAGCACCCAAUGGCCCCAAAGAGAGUAGCGGGCACACGGGAGAAGGUAAGAAAGGGUCGUCGGAGGGCGAUGACGCCCGGCUGACCAACGGAGGUCUAGAAGGCGACGGCGCAACAGGUGGCAGGGCAGCUGGAGGAAAGACCACCGCUCCGACCAGUGCUGCAAAGGCGAAGAGCACCGGCCAGGAAGUGUCGGAUGAAGACGUGGGCAACAAGGCCAAGCAGGUGGCCCUCAAGAGUUCCAAGGCAAGCGGUGGGGCCGCCGCUGCCGGAUUGUUGGACAAGAAGGAAAUUUCGGACGACACGGAAUCCGACGACUCCACCGAGAAGCCAAAGGGAAAGACGUCGGGGACCAAGCGCAAGAGCGCCGCGGUGGCCUCACCCACCCAGAGAUCCAACAAGCGUGCCAAGUGGUCGGGCAGCAACCAGGUGCAGCAUUUCAUGCGGGCGCAUCAAAACAAGCAUAUCGGAGGCGAUGGACGUGUUCUAUCGGGACUGGGACACUUCGCGAUGGCCGUCCGCCACCCAGAGACUGGUCAUGUGGUGAUGGCCGCUUUGGUCGACCUCGACCGGAAGGCCAUUCUGGAAGCCGAGACCAAGCGUGUGAAUAACCGGAUGAAGCGUGAGCUUGAAGACGAGGUGGACCGGCGGGUGGCCGAACUCCACGACAAGGAUUACGAUGAGGACCUGAGCCGGGCAAUCGUGAAGCGCUGGAAGGCUGACAAAGGCGAGGCCGAGUAUGAUACUCGUUGCAAGUCGCUGAUGGUGGCCAUUCGGUCGGAGAUGGCGGCAACUCGCGGGAAACUCCUGGACGGCGCCAACGGGCCCACUCGUGGGCCCGAUGGAGGAAUGGUGUGCAAGGUCCCGUGGCCAGGCAGCAACAUCGGCCGAGGAGGCAACGGCGGCACACCUUGA